AUUUUCUCUCUCUUUCUAGCAACAAAAACAGUAAGUACUCUGUUCUGGGAAACCAUCCUUAUAUUGGAAAAACCUGCUAAAGUAUAUGUUUGUUAAUGUUGGUGAAUAGAUGGCACUUUGUUCGGUUUCCGCUGCUGUUACUUCCACUCAGAGGAUCGCUUUAAACCAUGGUGAUCAUGUAGAGUUUGCAUUAUGCAACCCAAGGGAGAAGCUCUCACAUUUGUCAUGUAGACAUCAAGUGAGACAGCCUGUUAUUGUUGUUCGAUUAUUAGCAGUAAAGAGGAGGAAAUCUGUGCCAAAGACCUUAGCUUUUUCUGUGCCAAAUCAUAAUGAUGAAGCUGAAAGAGAAACAUCCCAUGAUUGCAUUGAUGAUAGCCUGGUUUUGGAAACAGAAACAUCUCUUGAUUGCACUGGUGAUGGCCUGGUUUUGUGUUCCAAGAAUAAUGAAAAUUCUGAGCACAAAGAUGUAGACGUCGUUGCCUCUGUUUCAUCUUCAGAAGAAGACCUUUCACAGUGUUUGGAGGAAAUGAGAAAGCUGGGAAGCCUUCAUGAAAAACUAAAGGCUAUUCGCUUACAUGUAUUAGCUUCUGAACAAUGGAACUCUUCUCGACUCAAAUUGUGUCACAGACAUUACUUGGAGAGUGCAACAAACUUAAUUCAUUAUCUAGCUCUUAAAGGCCUUGACAUUGAGCAGCUGAGGGAAGACCUUUCUUCUACUGGUAUUUUGAAUAUGAAGACUAUCAAUUCAUAUGUUCUUGCAGGCCUAAAUGUUGGAAUCCAACUAUUGGAGAAUCAGAAUUCUACUUCUCUGGAUAUACAAGAGAAAAUUAGUGUGGGAAGUUGCACUCAUGAAAUAUUGCACUGCCAACAAAAUGAAAAGUUCACAGAAAGAUCAAUGAGGAAGAAACUUUUGUUCAAUAAAGAGUUAUUGUUGGGCUCACUUCGGGGUAACAAAACUAUUCAUGUUAUGGUGACAAUUGGUCAAGAAGCUACCGAGAGUGACACACUUAUAAGCGACAUUCUUAAGGGUGGGGCCUCCAUUAUUAGGAUAAAUUGUGCACAUGGAAACCCUACUGUCUGGAGCGAGAUAAUCAGAAGAGUAAAAAGAACUUCUCAAAUGUUGGAGUUGCCAUGUCGAAUUCUUAUGGAUUUAGCUGGUCCAAAAAUCCGUACAGGGAGCUUGGAGCCUGGUCCAUGUGUAAUUAAAAUAUCCCCCAAGAAAAAUGCAACUGGAAAUGUGAUAUUGCCGGCUCAAGUUUGGCUUUCUUACAGAGGAACAGAUCCUCCUUCUCACUUGUCUCCUGAUGCAGCUCUAUUCAUAGAUGAUCAAGUAUUUCUCAAUGAGCUCAAGGUAGGUAAUGCUUUGAAGUUUUAUGAUGCUAGAGGUAAACGAAGGAUGUUCAAGAUUACUAGACAGUUUCAUGUUUUUUCGGGUAUGGGGUUUGUGGCUGAAUGUUCAGAGACUGCUUAUGUUUUGUCUGGCACAAAAUUGUGUGCUAAAGGAAAGAAAGGUAGGCUUUUAACUGGAGAGGUGGUGGAUGUCCCUGCUAAACAGAAAUUCAUCAGACUGAGAGUUGGAGACUUGUUAAUCAUAUCACAUGAUAAUUCAUUGGAACAGGAAGAUUUUUCUGGUCCAACUACUGGUGCUCAGAGGAUAACUUGUUCUUCUGGCUAUCUAUAUGAUUCGGUCAAACCUGGAGAUCCCAUAGCUUUUGAUGAUGGAAAGAUUUGGGGUGUAAUCCAGGGAGCAAGUAAUUCAGAGAUUGUUGUCUCUAUCACUUGUGCUGGUCGUAGAGGUUCUAAACUUGGAUCAGAAAAAUCCAUAAACAUCCCAGAAAGCAAUAUUCGGUUUGAAGGUUUUACUACAAAGGAUCUCAUGGAUCUUGAAUUUGUUGCCUCUCAUGCUGACAUGGUGGGUAUUUCUUUUGUUCAAGAUAUCUGUGAUAUUGUUGUGCUUAGGCAAGAAUUGGAGAAACGGAAGCUUCAUAACCUGGGUAUUGUUUUGAAGAUUGAGACAAAGAGUGGGUUUGAGAAAUUGCCUCUUAUGCUUUUGGAAGCUAUGAAAUCUUCAAAUCCUCUAGGGGUUAUGAUUGCGAGAGGAGAUCUUGCGGUGGAGUGUGGGUGGGAAAGGUUGGGUGAUAUACAAGAAGAAAUACUGUCUAUUUGUGGUGCUGCUCAUCUACCAGUCAUUUGGGCAACUCAGGUUCUGGAGUCACUUGUCAAGUCUGGUGUUCCUACUAGAGCUGAAAUUACUGAUGUUGUCCAUGGAAGGAGGGCAAGCUGUGUAAUGUUAAACAAAGGAAAAUAUGUUGUGGAAGCUGUUUCAACUUUGGAUACCAUCCUGCAUGUAAACACUUCUCAGACAAAAGCAGACCUGAGGCCUCUUCUAUUUUCAAGUCACUUUGCUCACUGAAUAGUUUUCCUUGUAUAUAUUCAUCAAUCUGUGAUGAGCAAGCCAUAUCAGAUUGAAAUCUGAACUCCUGUAAGUUAGUAUCUUCUAUUACUGUUUCUUUCAAUGAGCCCUUCUUUUGUCAUCAAGAUUUUAGUUAUUCUUACCUACUCAUUCUGCAACAAAACCUGGGAUAAAAUUGAUAUCAAGGUCUGCCCAAUACCUUGAAAUGAGGUUAUUGUCUUAUGUAUGACUAAAUAUUUGCCU